CCGUUCUAGAAACAAUUCGUGGCGAUUUCGCGAAUGAAUCGGCAGCCAUUUUUAAACUGCCCACUUACCAUACGAGAGUAUAAAAGGGAUAUGGAUAAUGGGCCUCGCGUCUCGAGAUAGUAAUGUAAACGGAUGAGAUUAAACGAGGCGUGAUUAUCCCCGGAGAAGAAGGAAGAAUUGGACGUAACGGCGCAGCGAAGUACGCCGCGCGAUAUAUCGUGCGUGUAGGACAACGUCGAGCGAGCGAGGCUAGUUUUCGUGCGCGACACGGACGGUGCUCGAGCGAACGCACUCCUUCCCCGUGAAAUUAAUGUAAUGGUGAACUGUCAACAUCCAACAGAACUCUCCGGAAUAUGCCUUUGAGCCGUAUUAAUACCGUAUUCUCGGCAGAAGUCAGAGAGCGCUCGUUCGAACAGCAGCGACGACGGCAGCGUUGAGCGAGAGAGCGGAGAGAGGGAUCGGCACGCGCGCGAACGGAAGAACGUGAGCGAGUACAAAGAGUACGGGAAGAGAGAGAGAGAGAGAGAGGGUAGAGAGAGGGAGAAAGAGGAAGAGAGAGAGUACAGACAAAGCAGCCCGACAACGUGUUCAGGAACAGCAUCAUCAGUAGCGGCGGCGGCAACAGCAUCACCAGCGACAACCGCGAUGUCAGUUCUAAUAUGCAAGAGGACGGCUGCCACGAUCGUGUCUCUCAGAUGUUAAGUUCCUAUAAUAAUGGCAGAUAAUGUGCACAGAAAGUCGCACAAGCUGUCGGAUGGUAGUAGAAAGAUCUCGAAUCCCGUGCACCGUACGACCACCGAGACGAUCCGUCUGGGGGAGAUAGACAAGCUGCACCAGCCGGUUAGCCUGAUAUCACCGAGCAACGUGACGGCUGGCAGCCAGUGCAACCGGAAGAAGACGUCUUCCUUCCAGAUAACCAGCGUCACCGUAGGCUGCCGCAUGAGCAAUGACGCCGGCGAGGAUUCCAACGACGACCUGGACGAGUCGCACACGGAGGACAAUUCCGUGGAGCACUCGCGCAUCACCGACAUCGACAUCGAGACGCCGAGCUACUCCGAGGACACGUUCUCCAAGGAGGACGUGUUCUUCAACACGAGCAACGCCGCGCUCAGCACCGCCCCGGUGAUUCCCACCAGCUCGCAGUACGGCCUGGCCAUCGUGCCGUCCGAGGGCGGCAACGUUAGUAAUUCGGUGAACGAUAGCAAUAUCAGUACCCUGGACAUUACGUCCGUUACCGACAACAACAUCAUCAACUUGCUGUCGAGCAACGUGAAGCAGGACGCCGACCUGCGGGAGGUACACUCUCACGGUAGGAACGAGCGUUUCAAAGUGGUGAAAAUCGAGAGCACGGAGCCGUUCAAGAGGGGACGAUGGACCUGCAUGGACUACCUGGACCACACGUCCGUGAACCAGCCGACGGCCAUCGGUACCCCGAAAGUGUCCGAUCCGAACGAGGUGUGCAUAUCCUACGGGGUGACCGACAGCGGGAUCGUCGUACCAGAGGCUACGAAGCAAACGGUAGUAGUGUCCGACGAUAAGGGGAUUAAUAUCGAUAGCAAUGGACAAGUGACGAGCUCACACCCGGACACAGUGCAUACGUCCAUUACUGUGCCGAGCAAUGCCGCGUCGGUGCCGAGCGCGGGCUACGCGGUGAGCAACUCGAUCCCCCCCAAUGUACAGCAUAAUCCCACGCAGGUUCAGGCGAAGGUGCCCACCGCGCAGAUCCCGCAGUACUUUCAGUCGCAGACCCAGCCGAUAGCCGCUCAACAAGCGCAGCCGCAGCCGCCUCAGGGUGCCCAAGGCUCCACGUUGCCCUCCAACUUGCAGCCCGCUCACCCCAGCAGCCUGGGCCAGCCGCAGAGCAUGCCGCAGGGUUCUAUUCCCAUUAUAACGCAGACUAGUAGCAGCACGCCGCAGCAGCAGGGCAUCGCGCACGCCAAGGAGGAGGCGUACGUGACGGUGAGCGCGCAGAAUCAAUCCAUGCAGUCGGUGGUGCAGCAGCAGGCCGCCCAGCCGGCGCCGAGCUCGCAGGCGCCCAACAUCCUCGUGACGCAGCACCAGACCGAGACCGGACAGCCUUUGCAGACGCAGACGCCGAUGAGCCAAAUCUCCGAGCCACUAACUGCCAUACAAGGGAUGCAGGGCAUGCAGAGUAUUCAUAAGGUUCCUCAGACCGGGGCGCAGCAGCCCUCGUCGACGAUUCACCCCGCCGGGGCGCCGGUGGGCCAGAUGCAGCCGCAGACGUCCAGCAGCACCGCCCCGGUGCAGAUCACCCAGAACGUCGUCGGCGGUCUGCAGCAGGGCGGCAUCGCCUUCCACCAGUCCGAUCCGGAGCAGGAGUCCAUCUCCGGCAUAGUCGCCAACGCUGCUCAGUCCGCCGCCGCCGACGCGACUCUGUUGGAAUCGUUGGCCGAAGUGACGCAAGGCAGCGACGAGCAUCGUGCCCUCGAAGAUAACGAAAGUAUGUCUGGGACAAGCGCUGUAGCGAUUGAUAACAAGAUCGAGCAGGCUAUGGAUCUGGUUAAAAGUCAUUUAAUGUUUGCGGUACGAGAAGAAGUCGAGGUACUGAAAGAAAAAAUAGCCGAACUAAUGGAUCGUAUCAAUCAAUUGGAAGCGGAAAAUUCAAUAUUAAAAGCACACGCAACUCCAGAAACUCUGGCUCAAUUGAGUCAAUCGACAGCAAAAUUACCCCAAAACAGUUCAGGAAGUGGUUAAUAGGUAUCCAUUGUACAUAAGUUUCUAUCGAUACUUUGUCAAGUAAAUAAUGGAUAAUAUAAUUAUUGUAUAUAACUUUA